UUUUCUCUUUGUCCUCUCCGUAUUCUUCUAUGGAUCUUUGGGUAGAAACGCCUGUUUUUCAGAUUACGGUUUUGAAAAGUACGUUUACCCAUAGAUUGUUUUAACAAAAAAAGAAAAUAUUUGAUAAGGCAUCUUCGUGAUGUAARAUUUCACCCAUUUUGUUYCAGUGUUGARCCAUGAUUCCAGUUGACCAKCUGAAUCRUUUCCAAGCAACCAACCCACUCUACAAACUAGUCAAGCCUUGGUGGGAUGUAUUAACUGACUAUCUGGUCGCAGCCAUGUUGGCAGUGGCCRUCCUAGCAGGAGCAYUGSAAGCUACACAGAGCGACYUGAUCUGCGUCCCUGCUGUUCCCUGUACGUAUAGCCUUAAUCAGAGUUUGCCUGCUAAUGCCACAGAAACCAGAGGAUUUUGUAAAGGCAACAAGUCGACAAUGCUGCUGAAAUUACCAGACAGACGGCUGUACGAUUACGUUGCGACAGAGUGCGGGCGAACGGCGGUUCAAUGGUUUGCUUCUUUCUUUCCGUUUAUAGUUUUCCUUCAGUCUAUUGUCCUCAUAGUUGUUCAAAACGUUUGGUUAAAAAUACCGCAUACGUCAUCAACUAUAGAGAAUUUUGUAACAUUGGUCAUUGAAUGUCAUAAUACCAAAGGAACAUGCUUAGCUGUGUCUGACGUUCUGUGGAGAACAAAAAUAUCUGAAAAAACCAGAUCAACAAAAAUAUCUGAAAAGACCAGUGUCAGAGGAGGCACAGUGGAAUUCAAAGAAGAUAUAGAGCAACCAUCCAAUGACGGCAAAUCGAACGAGAAUAAAUCGAGUACUGAAUCCCUCGAUGUGUCCGAAGCUAUCAAAGCGAAGGCAUUAUACGAAAAAGUUGGCCAGUUCAGAAAAGAUGUCGAAAAAAAGCAACAUAUCUUUCGGAUAUACUCUGUACAAGCAACUUUGCAAUUGGGACUGUCCAUCAUUAUUCUUGUUUUAAACGCUUAUUACCACAACGAGCUGAAGAAUACUGUGAAUUGUACGAUAGACUAUGUCAUAAGCAAAGACUACAGCGAUUUUGUGUGCACCAACGGUGUUAUUCCAUAUUUUGAACGUAUAAAUAUAACAUUUUGCAUUCUGGUUGCAUCAUAUUCUAUAGUGUGCAUUUACAUUUGUACCUGGACAUAUUUAAGAAGAGGUAAAGAAUACAAUUUUAAGCAAAAUCUUACACCAGAAAGUGAAAGUGACCACGCCAAACAAGAAGACACCGAUCURUUCAAGUCAUUGAGUGACAUUAUUCCCGCAAAAGCAAACCUAGCUUUCAUGCUUUACCUACUUAGUUAUUGCAAUAAACUGUAUACGCUAAGAUUCAGUGUAUUUUUAUCUAAGAAGAAAGAAAAACAGAUAAAAGAUCAUWUAUUGAUAUGUGAAUGGCCCGUCGAAAGGUUAAAASAAUYAGCUAGAGAYGRUGGUAAAACUUUGACGUUACCUAAACUGAGUGGUAUCCCGAAAACAGUCUUCAAAAUGAAAGAYCUYCAAACCCUCAUACUAAAGGACUGUCAAUUGGGAAAUGAUUUAGAUGAUAAAGACAAAGGCUGGGRGAAGCUCAAGYUAAAGUCAUUAKCGCUARWAAAUUGUSGMUUGACCACAAUUCCGACCGUUAUUUUAAAAAUGGAAUAUUUAGAAACGYUAGAUCUGUCUGACAACAACAUAACUUGUAUUCCUGCUGAAAUCGAGAGUCUCCGGUCAUUGCGCACUUUGAAUGUUUCAAACAACAAUAUUACUCGUGGUUUUAACUAUCUCAUACAGAUGGAAAAGCUUAUGGAAUUGAAUCUACRAGGAAACAACUCUUUACAGCUGACUUUGUCUCCAGAUAAAACGAUAAAUAUAGUGAAAUUAGAAGUCGACGAAGAAAUUGUGAAGAAAAUGGACGAUGUAACUCGAAAUCUGAUUAAGGACAUCACUGUAUCAUCAGAGCAGGACAUCUUUGUAAUAAAGUAUUUGCCAGUACACGCUCCUCCUGAAAUCGAAAGUAUGAGAAAAAACAGAUCUGGAGAUGUCUACAAAAUGACCUCGUAUCCGAAAGGUGUGGCUUUAAUAAUAAUAAACAAUAAAAUUUUCAUUGAUCAUCGUGAUCCUGAAAGAAACCGAGUAGAAAAAAGCAUAGAAAAAGUUUUUAAAUUGUUCCAAAACAUUGGCUAUCAUGUCGAAGAAUUACAAUCAGAGUACUCACUACAGCAAGAUCUCUCAAAGAUUGCUACUUUGUUCAAGAAAUACUCGCAUUUGGAUUCUGCAGUAUUGACAAUCAUGACUACUGACAAAGAAUUGCAGACAAUAAAGGAAAUUGCCAAAUGUAUGCAUGACAGUCUGCAAGGAAAACCAAAGCUUAUUUUCAUCCUCAAACACGACAAGUUUCAGUCACACAAGGAGGCCUUUACCAGUUUGGAAACAGAAUGCCCCGAUACAGCUGUUGCCUAUUUGGAAUCGGAUGGUAGAUACAUUGUUGGAAAUAUGGACCCUGAGGUCUCUUUCAUCAAUGCUCUGGUUGAUGUGUUUUCAAAUCAUGCCUGCAAAGAAGAUGUUGAAUCGCUACUGAAUCGUCUAACGCCUGAAUUUGAGAAAAAAAGAGAUGGGGAAACCGUCUCAUUUUCUUGUAAAGGCCUUGUUAAGAAGUUCUACUUUUAUCCAAGGUACUUUCCAGAAAAUGAUCAAACCAGAAACAAUCAACAUCGCAAAGAAACAUCGGCAUAUUAAAGCAAGCAUGGACACGUAUGGUCACGUAAUACCCGUUAAAACUGGCGAUUUUUGCAGCCCUUUUGUGGUCACUUUGAUGCAAGAGAAUUAUAUUCUAAAGAAUAGUUAACCCGUAAACUUUCAUUCGGUACACUGAGAUACACUGGAAAAAA